AUGUCUCACCUAUUAAAACGUACCAAAAAAUCCUGCAUUAAGCUCAUUCGUAAAAUUUCCAAUAAACAAAUUUUCCUAAAACGUCUUGAGGAAGAGGACAUAUCAACAGACGUUGACAUCUCUGUGGAGGCCAAGGAAAGGGAUAUCAAUCAGAAUGAAAAUAUUUCAAUGCAACCGCAACAGUUGCAACAACAAAAAUUCUCCACUUGCAACAAGAAACAUAAAGACAAAGCACCCUCCUCCCACUCGUCUAGAGAGGAUAUCACAAAAGAAUCCCACAAACGAAAAUUACCCCUACAUUUAGAUGAUCUGAAUUCCGAAAAGCCGGUUCUACAAAGUCUUACCUCCAAAUUAUUUCUCACCGCUGAUGGUUAUGAAUUUCAACGUCUUCAACAGUUACGCAGUGAUACCGCCUCCGAAAUAAUACCCUAUGAUCCGGAAUUUAAUAAGAAUGAGGUGGUUUUCGAAAAGGUCAAGUACAAAGAAGAUGUCCGUUAUUUACGUCAUACGCCGUCCACCUGUAGUCUAGAUAAUUACAUAAUUCACGAUGAAGAUGUGAAUGAGGAUUUGGCCCUGCCACGCGAUGACGAUGACGGGGAUGAAGAUUUUAUAAAUACCACCAAUCUAUUGCAAAAUCAAAAUAACAACAACAACACCAUUUGUUCUGCUCGUAAUAAUCUCAAUGGUAUCGAUAACCAAAUAUUUACUUCCUCAAAUCAUAGUCGAUGCCUUUCCGAUUCGAAGCGGGAGGUUGAUACCACUAGAGGCUUUCAAUUGCAACCGCUUGCCAUUAAUGCCUGUGAAUUCCAGGAAUCCAAAAAAAGUCCCACUGAACAUCAAUUGGAGCUUCAGCAAUUUUCAUCAAACCAACCACAGCUGUCGUAUCAACAUCACCAUCACCACCACCCUGCCCAGCCCUCUAAUCAAAAUUUGCUUCCACUCAAUGUUAGUCUAGGUUGUAUUACCGAUGGUAAUUAUCAUCAGCUGUUUAUUGGCGAACAACGUGAUGCCUUCUUCAAACUAACCCCAGUUGUCAAAUGGGACAUCAAUGGCAAUUCGUUGGAGGACGAUGAUUUUCCCGUCUUCGAUGCCAAUCACCAUCUAAAUAAUUCACCGGCUAAAUCCAGUUUGCGUUCCAGUUCCACAACAUUGGAAACGUGGCUAGAAGUAGAAUAA